AUUUGAAAAAGGUAAAAGAGUUUUCUACUAGAACCUUAUACUGAACGGGGACUGAACUGAAUUUCAAUUUCUGUCCUGAACGGAAUCGUAAACCUAGGAUUAAGAAUCCCAGCCCAAACGUUAUGGUGUAAGAGAGCCUUGGAUAUUGACAAUAUAGAAGUCAAAACUUAAUAUACACAGAUGACUUGUGACGUCGGAGAAGCCAAUAGUGAUUAUUAGGUGAUACUACUGACUUUAAAGAAGACAAUACAAUAGCAAAAUACACUAUGAUACAAAAUGGUUAAACGAUUCAAGAUUGUCUGCAUGUUGGUAGCUGUAAUGAGCUCAGUGCAGCUAAUGUUAUUCGUCAAUAUUCAAAAAGGAAAUGUCGAUCGUGCAAUUUUACAAUUUGACUCACUCAUUGGAGAUUUGCCUAAAAAGCUCUCACUCCCACGUGAACAAUUCCAAGAUGGCGGCUCACUUUGUGUUGCGAUAUUGACAGGAGCUCCAUCUGGUGAACGGAAAAAAUCAGCACCUCGCUUAUUACGUAAUUUAAUUGAAUUUGCUGAGAUACCAACCGAAAACAUACAUGUAUUUUAUGAAAAUAUUGAUCCUAUGGAUCUAAGUUAUGAUCUGAAAAGACUUGAAAUUCUGCUCAAUCCAGCUACUAAGCCUAACUCUAUCUCUAAUAUCGGCAUACCUAAGAUCAAUGCCCACAAAAUUAACUAUACAGGAUUACCCUAUAAGCUGAAAAAACACAGACUGAUUACCUUUAACUAUAAAUUCAUGCUAGAUAGGAUAUUCAAAGAUUUAAGAUACAAUUACUGCACGAUAUUAGAGGAUGAUUUGAUUUUAUCUAUGGACGCUGCAGAUUAUUUAAAAGCUGGGAUGAAAUUAAUGGAGAAAGACUCAACAAUUAUGUCCGUGUCACUAUUCAACGAUAAUUCUUUCAGCUGGUGUGCAAGUAAUGAUACAUUUUUCCAUCGAGUGGAACACUUUGGAGGACUUGGUUUUCUUAUGUCAGGAAGACAUUACGUGGGUAAAAUCAGUUCGAAGCUAAACACAGAAGUGCCAGCCCUACCUUGGGAUGAAACAUUUCAACGUGAACUUGGACGAUAUAAAAUGGUGACUAUUUUUCCCGAACUCUCGCGUUCAUUACAUGUUGAAAACCAAGAAAUUAAUGUCCCUAGUGAUCUACGUAUACCUCGUGACGACACGGAGGCUAUAUCGAUGUAUAAUGGUCCACGUAUUCAACACAUCCUCGACACUUUAGGAGAAAGUGAUUAUGAUGAAUUCAUUACACAAUUCGUCCGUGGGGCUUAUAAAAUUGAACAUAUUGAAGAUGUGGCAUUUUUCUCUCAUAGUCAAGAUAAGCGCGUACUUAAUUUUGUAUUCCCAAACUGUGACAGCCCAGAAGAGCUGAACUCAAUGAUGGUAGCACGUGGACUUGUUGGCUUUGGGAAUGGAGGAAUCGUUAGAGGCGCUUAUAAGGAUACAAUAUUCUUGCGUCCAUUUGGGAAUCAAGUUCUUAUAGUUUGCAAGCCUUCCAUUUGGCACGGAGUUGCCAGCACCGCUCCGAGUGCAACGGAUCUUAUACGUACAUUUGUCAAUGGAAUUACAUUGAAGCGUCUCGAACGAACAAUGGGGCGCCCAAAAAUGGGUAUCCUAUACAGUUUAGAAAACAAUGAAUUUCAAAUACGAAAGGGUAAAAGUGGACAGUCGUGUUUUGAUGUAUGUGCUGCCAACAAUGAAGUCUGUGAUAGAAUUGGAAUAUCUAUGCUUGAUACAAACUGUGGGGUCCUAAGGGCAUUAUCUUCCGACUAUAACAAUUGCAAGGAGUCUCCUUUGACUAUAUAUAAGAGUCUGGAAUUCUAUCUACCGGCGAUGGACCCAGACGGAGACUGGUUGAUUUCUAGGAAAAUCCCUUCAUUUUAUUUCUAUAAUUGCUAUGCAGCUAAUUCAGAAUUUAGUAGAAUAUGUGCAUGUAAAUAGAUUAGAAUAAUAAAUAAAUAUAAUUUUAACCCUGUCUAUAUUUCAAUAGAUUUACAUUUACUAAGCUUGUAAUCGCGAUGCAACGUUCGGCUGUCGGCUACUGGAUUACUAGUUACCUACUAUUUUACGACCAAAUUAAUCAAAUAUGAAUGGAAUAGUGACAGGUACUAUUCAUGUCUAAACGAGUUGCCUUUAAAAUAGUAGGUUAAUCAGGUAGCCGACAGCCGAAAGUUGCAUUCGCGAAUGCAAGCAAAGUAUCGCACAUCAUUCCU